AUGGCAGAGAAUGCCUUGGGCAAGGUGAUGGUGAUUGGUGGAGGUGGCUGGGUUGGAUCUGCGCUUGCCUUGGAACUCUUGAGACGCAGAGAGGAGCUGGGCGUCGCCCAUGUGGUGGUGGCUGAUCUUCCUGACGCUUCCAAGCUCAAGUGGCUAAGGCAACAGGCUGAGGCGAAAGGUGCAGGAGCUUUGCUGAUGGAGCGGGUUUUGAAUGUUGCCAAACCAAAGGAAGUACAGCAGCUCCUCGGGCAUGAGAAACCGCAAACCAUCUUCAACUUGGCAGCGGUCAUCGAGAUGAGACCCGAGGUCUCUGAGGCGUCCAUGACUGCGGUGAAUACAAAGGCAGUGGAGUUUCUACUGAAGGAGAUCACAUGUGAACGUUUGGUGCACUUCAGCACCUUCGAUGCGGCCUGGGGAGGGAAUUGCCUCCAAGCAGCCCCAAAGCCUCCAGAGGACCUCCAAAUCGAGUCGCCCAUUGGCUACGUGCGGAGCAAGGCGCGGGGAGAGCUGCAGAUCCAUCUGUGGAUGGCGAAAAUGGCGCACAGCCGGAAGGUCGCCACCGUCGUCCUGCGACCUGGGCACAUCUUUGGGGCGCUGGAAGAUCUGGAUGUCAUGGCAGCAGAUGCCUUGGCAGGUUUCUUGCGCAAGUUCCCACCGGUGCAACUCGGCCCGGCAAAUGCGACAAUGUCUCUGGUUUCGGUGCCGACAGUCGUGGAGGCGGCAGUCCGUGCCGCGCAGAAUGCGCAGAAAGUCAGCGGAAGGUGCUUCGCGGUCAAGGACUUGGACGCCAACUUCUUCAGGUUCUAUCACGAAAGUGUUUUAGGCCGCCGCAUUUGGCCUCUGCGAGUGCCCGGUUUCGUGCUGUUUUUCGCAGCCCUGGUGGAAGAUUUUGUGUAUUGGCUGACGCUUGAAGUUGCAUUGGUGCACUGGUUGCCUUCGGCCAUUUUGUCAUCGAUGAUGCGGAGACUCAGCAAAGUCUGGGAGACUAUCGCUGCCUCGGCUGGAGAAAAUGGCGACCUCAAAAGCUCAGAACUCUGUCAAGAUCUCUUUGAUCCCAAAAAGUGGGCUUUGUGGAUCUGCCCCUCCACGACCUGCAUGCGUCAGCACAACCUUUCGGUGAUGGGCCCGAGACCCACCGGGGACCUGGCACGACGCCUCCAGGUCUUGUCCUAUGAGGCGCAGUUGCUGCUGGAAGUGGCUGCGACUCUGGCUGACAAGGUGGUGGUGGUGACCAACGCAGAGGAGGGCUGGGUAAAUCUCAGCUGCAGGGCAUGGCUGCCUGAGCUCCUUGAAACGCUGGAGAAAUGCGAGGUGGCAUCGGCGCGUUCGCAGUUUGAACCCACAGGCAUUUCCUCGCCAGCUGGCUGGAAGGCUCGAGCCUUUGAGGAGGUCAUUGAGCGCUUUUAUCAGCGCUAUCCCAAUCAGUCAUGGAAAAAUAUCAUCAGUAUUGGUGACGCCCCUCAUGAACGGGAGGCCCUGGCACGCGUUGUGCGCGGGGCACCCAUCUUCAGAGGAAAGCGUUGCAGGUCCAAGAGCAUCAAAUUCGUGCUGCGGCCGAAUAUCGAACAGCUGGUCCGGGAGCUGCAGAUGCUGCGCGACAGCUUGAGAGAGAUCGUCCUGCACGAUGAUGACCUGGACAUGCACUUUUGCACGGAGACCUUUGCGGAUCCGUUACAGUGCUGA